AUGAUCCAGGCUGAAGGAGAUGCCAAGGGCGAGAAGGCCAAAGUUAAGGAUGAGCCACAACGGAGAUCAGCAAGGUUAUCUGCUAAGCCUGCUCCACCGAAGCCAGAGCCUAAACCUAAAAAGGCAGCUCCAAAGAAGAGUGAGAAGUUGCCCAAGGGAAAGAAGGGGAAAGCUGAUGCUGGCAAGGAGGGAAACAACCCUGCAGAAAAUGGAGAUGCCAAAACAGACCAGGCACAGAAAGCUGAAGGUGCUGGUGAAGCCAAGUAAAAAUGUGUGAAUUUUUGAUAACUGUGUACUUCUGGUGACUGUACAGUUUGAAAUACUAUUUUUUAUCAAGUUUUAUAACAAUGCAGAAUUUUGGUUUACUUUUUUUUAAGCUAUGUUGUUAGCACACAGACCGCUUCGUUGUUGUGUUUUGGGGGGGGGGG